UGUAGCUGAUUUCUAGAAAGUGCUGAUCAUGUCUGGUCGAGGAAAGCAGGGAGGCAAAGCGAGGGCUAAAGCGAAGUCUCGCUCCUCGCGGGCUGGGCUGCAGUUCCCGGUGGGUCGAGUGCACCGGCUGCUACGCAAAGGUAAUUACGCUGAGCGGGUCGGGGCUGGAGCUCCGGUCUAUAUGGCCGCGGUGCUGGAGUAUCUGACCGCUGAGAUUCUCGAGUUGGCCGGCAACGCUGCUCGGGACAACAAGAAAACCAGGAUCAUCCCCCGUCACCUGCAGCUCGCCAUCCGUAACGACGAGGAGCUCAACAAGCUCCUGGGGAAAGUGACGAUCGCUCAGGGCGGUGUCCUACCCAACAUCCAGGCGGUGCUGCUACCCAAGAAAACCGAGAGCCACAAGGCCAAGAGCAAGUAAAUCUGUCAGUAAUUAAAAACGACCAAGAAGAAACCGAAAAUAUUACUCCAAAAACCAUUGUAAAGGUUCUUUUCAGAGCCACCCACAAAAUCAAAAAAGAGCUCUGUUAUCUUUCGCUUUCUCUCAACCUAGGAAAGAACUGGUUAACAUAAAAUACGUCUUUAUUUUCUUUAUGAAAUUAUCAAUACUUGUAGCAUGGGGCGUGGGUU